AUGCCUACGUUAGUUAUACGUCAAAGCCCAUCCAGUACUACUACAAGUAAUACUUCAACGCAAACAGCUCCUGUGUAUAAUCAAGGUCCAACCGGUGGCUCAACAACCCUCUAUCUGUUCACAUUCCUGAUCACGAUCUUAGUGCUCGGCUUAAUAUCAUCCGGGCUAUUAAUCCGAGCAUACAUCCUUCGAAGGAGAUUCCACCGAAGAGUGGAAGAGGCAAUGAGAAGAGGAGAAGCUUUGCCACAAGACGCUGCUGCCGCUUUGGGUUUAUUACCUAGACGAACGGGAUUCAGAGGUAAAAAGGAAAAGAAACACGGUCUAAUGCCUACGAUGUGGGAAAGUGAGAUGAGAAGAAGUGAGACAGGAUUACUCGACGACGAUGAGAAUGAGAUUGACUUGAGUGAGAAAGAGUGGGAUAACUUGACUCCAUUAUCAGUACUCCAUUUCACGAAUACAGACCCUACACCACCACCAACCCAAGUCGUGAUUCCUCCUCAACCCACUCCAGCAGCUUAUAUACGGUCCCUGUUCUCAUCAAAUGGUCUACCCACAUAUGGAUCUAGACCACCUUUGACUCAUCGUCCGACCUCGACUGUAAUCCCAACUUCCCAAGCAGUCUUUGCAAUUCCGGAACCGGGAGAGGAAGUCGUUGUAGGUGUGAUGAUAGCCAUGCCAUGUGAAGGAGUUAUGGAGGAAAGGUGGAAUUUAUUGGAAGAAGGUGAAGAGAGAGAAUUACCAGAAGUUUGUUUAGGUGUAAUGAGUACAAGAAUAAAAGAAUAG